GAGACGAGGGCGCCCAGCACCCCGGGGCUGCCUGGCACGGCGCGGCGCCGGCCGCUGACCCCUCCCGCCCGUGCUGACGAGCUCUCUGCUCUCUGUGCUAGCCCGGCGGCACCCGCGUGCCCAUGGAAAUCCUGCUGCUGAAGAAGGUGGGCUCCGGCUUCCACGGCGUGAUCCGGCUCCUGGACUGGUUCGAGAGGCCCGACAGCUUUGUCUUGGUGCUGGAGCGGCCCGACCCCGUGCAGGAUCUGUUCGACUUCAUCACGGAGCGGGGGGCCCUGGCCGAGGAGCUGGCCCGCGGCUUCUUCCGCCAGGUCCUGGAGGCCGUCCGGCACUGUCACAGCUGCGGGGUCCUGCACCGGGAUAUCAAGGACGAGAACAUCCUCAUUGACCUGAACAGCGGAGAACUGAAGCUGAUCGAUUUUGGGUCCGGAGCCUUGCUCAAGGACACGGUGUACACUGAUUUCGACGGCACAAGAGUGUACAGCCCCCCAGAAUGGAUUCGCUACCACAGGUACCAUGGCAGAUCAGCCGCAGUUUGGUCACUGGGCGUCCUGCUUUACGACAUGGUCUGUGGGGACAUCCCUUUUGAACAUGAUGAGGAGAUUGUGAGGGGCCAGGUUUACUUCCGGCAAAGGAUUUCACCAGAGUGCCAGCAUCUCAUUAAAUGGUGUUUGGCCUUGAGACCCUCAGACAGGCCAUCUUUCGAAGACAUUCUAAACCAUUCGUGGAUGCAGGCGGUCCAUUUGCCACAGAAGACUGCGGAGAUCCACCUGCACAGCCUCAUUCAGGAGUCAAGCAAAUAGCAGCUCCUGUCAUCCAGCAAGUGGAAAAAGCAAAACUCUCACCUAUGACUGUAUCGCUGAGCGGGGAUCUUUGCAAGGGAACGUUGAGGUCUCAUUCCAGUGCUGCGUUAACUGGAGAAUUUUCUGAGGACCUGGAACUACUUUUCCAUCCCUGGGGUACUGGACUGAAAUUGUUAAGUCCUAUAUCACCUGAUUUCUUGCCAGUAAACUUUUUUUUUUUUUUUUUUUUUUUUUUUUUUUUUGAUGUCUUAUGGGCACGUUGGCUGCGUGUGCCUGGCCUGCUGAAUCCUGGAAUAUGAACAGAGAGGACCUGAGAAUUAGCAAGAGAGUUUCAACUGGGGAGACUGACUGUGGGGAGGGAGGGGGGAGGGAAGGUACUGAUUUGAAUAGAUGUCUUUUGUCACCGUAUUCUGAGUGCCUUCAGUUGUAAUCUGGGCUGUGCUGGAGGAAAUACUUGAAAUCUUCCUACACUGCUGCUUCUGAGUUUAGUUUAGUUUCUUUUUUUUCCCUUUCUUUAUUUCUUUCUUUUUUUCCUUUUUUUCCUUUUUUUUCUUUUUUUUCUUUUUUUUUUUUUUUUAAAGAAUGGAUCAGAAGAAGCUGGGGGGACAAAACCAACUCUUCCCUCCCCCCCAGCUAGUUACUUCCUCAGUGUGCUGUCUAGAGUGAUCUUUCUUCCUUGGCUCUCUGCUUACUGUGUCUCAAAAGCCGAGGCAUCCUCACAAAUGCACAAACAAUGCAACCCAACCAAGCUGUAAAUGUGUACAGAAUUUUACAGGAGCAAAAUAUGGUGUACAGAGGAGUGUAGCGUAGAACGGGGACGCUUUUACAUUGUGUUUUUCGUUUUGUUUUGUUUUUAAUUUAUUUUCAUGUGUAGGGCUUUCUUUUCUUGUUCUUUUGGGGAUUUUUUAAGGCAGUGUCCUAACCUGUAGGAUAACUUUUAUUUAUUUAUUUAUGAAUCAUGUGGGUCCCCAGCCCACACCUCACGCUAACAGCUGCUGAUCUGGUUUCCAGUUGGAUCCCCUUCUUUAUUCCUCCUUGGCUGGCUUAGACAGCCUGCCUGGGGAAUGCUCUGUUCAGUGUCUCGCCUCUGUGUGGAGCGGCCCACCGCUUCGCGGCCAUCUGUAAAUAGUUCCGGCUGCGGAUGUUCCUCUUCCACGCGUGUGUUCAGUUUUUAAAUUGAGUUUCCACGGGUAUUUGUCUAGGGUCUGGGGUUGUCAUGUGCGCAUGUGUAUAUAGCACUGUUCUAGCUGAGCUGUUGGGGAAAGUACCCUGGACUUCAACACUGUCAAGCCUGUAUAUGUUAUCAGUGUGUAGUCAGCUGGUUUUUGUUAAUAGUUAAUAUUGUACAGGGGAAUUCAGAAAUCCUAUUUUUUUUAUACAUGCGGUUUUAAAUAAAAAUAAGUUAC